AACUUGCAAGCUUUAUACAUACAUAGUAGAAACGACACAAAUCCUCUUUAAUUUCAUUUAAUGCCUCUCCGUUCUCGUUUCCUCGGCGGCGUAAACGGGUCGCCGUCGCCGCAAGCACUGCCGUCCAAGGAGUCACCUCCACCAAUCGAAUCUCUCAACUCAGAUUACAUAAUCAUACUUGCGGCUCUACUCUGCGCAGUCAUCUGCGUUCUUGGCCUUGCCAUCGUGGUCCGCUGCGACUGGAUCCGCCGCAUCACCAGCAGAGCCGCCGCCGCCCUGCCAGCCCCAUCCACGCCUGCGAACAAAGGACUCAAAAAGAAGGUCCUGAAGUCCAUACCGAAGCUAAUCUACGGUGAGGAUGAGGAAGCCGAGAAGCUGUCUGACUGCGCCAUUUGCCUGGCGGAGUUCGCCGCCGGAGAAGAGGUCCGCGUGCUUCCACAGUGCGGCCAUGGCUUCCAUGUCGAAUGCGUUGACACUUGGCUAGGUUCCCACUCCUCCUGCCCCUCUUGCCGCCAGAUUUUGGCCGUCAACCGAUGUCAGAAAUGCGGAAAUUUGCCGGCCACCACCACUACCUCCUCCGCUGCAACCAACUACAGAGCUCAGCCACAGCCUCAGCCAGUAUCCAGACCAAUAGACCAUUUUACUACGGUUUUCCUUUAAUCAAAUCUUAAUUAUCUUAAUUAUUCAAUACUCUAUACAUUAGCAGGUUCCAUGAAUGAAUUAAUUAAGGAUUAGCAAAAGAAGAAGUUCAAUUCCCGUUCUCUAUGUAUCUAUGCCGUAGCGUGUUCGGAAGAAAAAAGAUACCAAUUACUUCACUUUCUCCAUAAACCCUAAUUCUAUUAAUCUCUUUUCAUCAA